CUAAAAUAAUUAGUGUUUGGCAAUAACCGAGAAGUUCCGAAUACAGAAAAUCUUGUUUGUUCUUGAAAAAAAGGAUUUUAUAGGUUUCAUCAACAAAUUGUAUAAGUAAUCAUACAUUUUACAUUUUUCUCAAGGAUGUUUGAUUAGUAUAAGAGCUGCUGUAAGGUGACAGCAGCUUAGAAACAGACCACAGAAAUAUGUCAUGGCGAGGAUCAACUGGUCAUCUGGACGCAAAUGUCCCUGAUUACCAAAAGAUGCUUCAAGGCCGCUACCCAUCAGGAUGGAGUAGCACGCAGCCAUCUGUACCUUCGUACUCAAGCAGGUUUCCUGGAGCAUCUAAUCAUUCAAGUCACUUUGGCAAUCAGCGGCACAAUACCUCAUCAUUAAGUCGUCAUGGCUCACACAACAGCUAUUCAAACACAUACCAGCCAUCUAAAUAUGGGAUAGCAUCUGAUUCAAGUUUCAACACAACUGUAGAAUCUAAUUUCAAAACCCUUCAACCUAACAAAUCUGCUUUUAGACAAGAAAAUGGCUAUGGUGAUAAAACAUACGGAUUUGUGAGUCGUGAGUUCAAUCUUGAGCCAUACCGUAGUAUAGCACACCGAGGCACUGAUUACUCCAGUGAUUCUGGUAGAGGUCCAGCUGGAAGGGGGACAACAGAUUAUUCUAGUGACAGUGGUAUGAACUUUAGACAUUACUCUCAAAAGUCAAGUGAUUUUGAACUUGAGAUACCUAGUCCUGAUACGUCGCGUAGUCAUCACAGAUCUCAAAAUGAUGAACUCUUUAACUCACCUACUAAAAGCCACUUGCGGGCAUCAGAAUAUCUCAGGGAUAAUGACAAUCAUGCAAUAUUUGAUGAUAAUGGGCAGCAACAAGAUUUGAAUGACUACCGUCAUUUAUCAAAAAGUGAGCCGAAUCUUGACAAAUACAAUGGUCUUGGAAACAGAAACAACGUUCAUAGUACAGAUGAAGAGGACUUGAGUCCAAGGCAGGAUGACAGUGUGACCGAAACUAAUGUAAAUCAUCGAAGCCACGAUAACAGGGAAGAAGAUCUAAGAGAAAACUUUGUGUCACCAGAAAUGUAUCAUGGCGAUAUAGCUGACACAACAUUGGCUCACAGGGACACAAAAUUACAUUUAAAAAGAAAUAAGGCCGCGGAUCUGACACAGUGGCAGCAGAAACAGAGAGAAUCGCUUCCAGGUGAACAUGCAAGGCUUGCCUCAAAGUCUUUCUUCAGUAAUGAGAAACCAUUAAGAGAUUAUUCCCAUGGUAUCCAUGACAACCAUUAUUCAUAUGAGAGCAGUAUUGUACGAUCCCAUGAUCCCAGUGACAUCACCACAUCAAGACAUAAUGAUAUCACCAGCAUCAAAUCACAAGACCAUCAUCCAACAAAUGAACAGUUUAAUCAUAUACGUAGUGCCGCUGAUGCCAUUAUUCGAGAUAAAGAUGCAAUAAUUGAUGAGUUGAAAGAUCGUGUUGUAGGCCAAGAUGAGAUGAUUAAAGAAUUAGAAAAUAAGUUGCGUCGAAGUUUAAUAUCAAGGGGAGGUAACACUGAAGAAUCAGCAACAUACUCAAAAAUGCAGGAUUUAGAGUACAGAAAUGCAGAAUUACGAUCUGAACUUGCUAAACUGAAGUUGCAGAAAGAUGCAGAAAUAGAAGACAUGGAAAUAAAAAUGGGAGGUGUAGAGCAAGAAGUGGUACAAUUAAAAGCAGCUUUGAGAAAAUCCCAACCUAAUCUUGCUGACAUUAAACAAAAGCUGUUUGAUAAAGAUGAAGAGAUCGGAGAAUGGAAAAGGAAGAAUUUACAAUUAACAAACAACUAUAAAAGUUUAAAGGAAAAACUUGGAGGGAUGGAGAGAUAUCUAGCAGAUCUUCCAACUCUUGAAGAAUUCACUAAAAAUGCUGAAGAUCUUGCCUCAUGUAAUGAAGAUAAUGAAUUGAAGGGAUCACAGAUAGCAGAUCUAGAGGAGAAAUUGAGGGAUACAACACAACAACUAUCUGAGAGAGAUUCUACCAUACUUGAGUUAGAAGGAAAGCAAGAACAGUUAGCAAACAAGAUGAAGGAGUUGACUAUAGAGAUUAGGAGAAUUAAAUCACAGGGAGAAGGUAAAGCUCUAGCUGACACUCAGGAACAGCUCGCAGAGACAAGAGAAAUAAAAGAUAAAGCUCAACAUGAUCUAGAUAAAGCCAAAAAGUUACUUGAAGUAAAUCAUCGUCGCCUGAGACAACUGGAAGCCAAACAUCAGACUGAGUAUCGCCAGGUACAAGAGAGGCUUGCACAAGAGGAAGAGUCUGUCGUAGCUCUUAGGGAGGAAGCUCGACUGAAGGAAGAGCAAGUGGCAAAGUUAAAAAGAUCUAUCAAAGACUUUGCAAAUAAAAACCAAGAUCUAAUGGAGGAAUGUCUGAUGUUGAAGGAGACAUUAAAACAACACGAGCAGGCGAGUGAGGACGAGGGACAGAAGUUACAGCGACGGUUUGUUCAGGAAAUGAGUGUUUGCUUCUCAGAGUUACAAUCCCUGGUAGAGAUCUGUGUACAGCAAGCAGAGGGCAGGGAACCAAAUAUUUCAUUAUUGCUGGGAACCAGAGACUCAUUGGAUGAGGACGGGGCAUCAGGAGGAUUUAGAGGUGAUGAACAGUCAUUGAAACAUUGGUUCUCUAAACUAAAGGAACUGCGGUCAGAGGUGGAGAAAGUUCGCAACAUGAUGUGUAACAAAUAUGCCAAAGAUAUGGGGGAUAACAUCAACUGUGCUACACAGUAAUGUCAGGGGAUCAAGGUCACAGGGCUUUGACUAAAAAAAGCUGAGCAGUUGUAGAUUGGAUUGUGGUGUCAAUACUGUGAGAACUAUAGGAACAUCGUGUUUAAUUUAUAUUAUUAUGUCCAAAUUGUUUAUUCUUUGAUCUUCAAAACUUUAUGAGGUCAAUUCAGUAGAAGACCCUUACUUUUAUAGGGGUCAGAAGUUAAAAGGUUGCAGUUAACUUGAAGACACAAUUGUUUGAUUCAUAACUUGAGUGGUAAGAGUUGGAAGUGAAUAUUUUUUUUUAAAUACAUAUGAUAUUGUAGCUGUUUAUACAAGUUUAUUUAUAUUUUAUAUUGUUUAUUUAAGUGUGGCCUAAUAAACUUUUAAGGACAUAAAUCAGAUGAGCCUAAAUUUUGUUACAGAAGAGUGAGUUUAUCUUGGAAAGUUAUUCCAAUUGCUUUCCUAUAUUAGCUUCAAGUACAUGUAUGUACGACUGUUUCAUUGCCUCUCAUAUUGAAAUAGUCUUAAAUUUCAAAACUAUUCAUUAUCAGUAAUUUGUUCUGAAAUUGCAUUUUACUUCAUGAUCAUUCCAUUCCAUCAUUUAUUAUAUACAAUAUCUGAGAAAUCUUGUGUGCCAAAUACUAAAUGCUUUAUACCUCUAAUGGAUGAACACAGAGUAAUAUUUAUUGAUAUGAUGCUUUUAGAAUAGGAAUUUUGAAGGUUUAUUUUGCAAUUAUUAUCCAAUAAACUUGGUGUAUUUACAAUAAUAGCAGUAAUUUACUUAGAGCAAACAAACUAGAAGAAUUGAAAUGCCAGAAAAUUUAGCUUCAAAUGCAAAAUAUUCAUUUCUCCAGAUAAACAAAUUAAAAAAAAAAACCAUCAAACUUAAAAAAGUAUAACUCUUCAUAAUUUACAUGCUAUGUACAAAAUUUGGCCAAUUUUAUUAUUUUUAUAUCCAUAUUUCUAUGCCAAUACAUAGUGAAUAUUGAGCAUUUUUUGCAUUUUUGACAUUACAUGUACAUAUGUAUUUAGAUAAGUUUGGAUUGUAAGCGCAUAAUGCUAGCUUGAUUUACGACUGUAUUUGUUUAUCUUACAAUAUUUCUACAAUUUAAAAGACUUCCUAAAUUUUUCAUAAUAAUUAGUAAGAAUCUUGGGGUGUGCAGCUUGAAAGUGGAUUGAUCUAUAAUUGGCACAAUUUCUAUAAUUAUUUCAAAUAUUGAUUAAAACAAUAGGAAUGUAUCUUUCGAAUAUUCAUAUUAAAUAUUUUUAAAAAAAUGUUGAUAGAGUUGUAAGUGAUUUAAUAUUAACAUUUACAUGAUAAAUAAUAAUAUUUUAUUCUGGAACAAUUUAUUAAAUGUAAUUGCGGAGUGUGUAUCUCACACUUACCAACAACAUGUAUAUAUAUUUCUGUCAUGGUUUAGAUUGUUGACUUCAAAACAACUUGCCCCUUGCUACUGUAGGUUCAGAUCCUGCUAGAGAUUCUUGAUUCUUUCAUGUGAGAAAGCUAUCCAGCUAACUGAACAUUGUAGUUUUACUCAGGUGCCUGUUCUUGCCUAAAAUAAAGCAUGGAGGAGCGUCUGAGGUUAAAGCUAGAAAGUUGCCAUAUGACCUUUAGUGUUGGUGUAACGUAAAACCUUAAAGGCCACCUUCCACACUGAUCUUUACAAGACUGAAACAUUAAAUGCUGGCAUCAUAACAAAUGUUAGUGCAUUACAAAUCUUCAUACUUGUAUUUUUAUGAUUUUCUUUUCUCACAAGUAAAUUUCUAAGGCUGAACAAGAGUUAUUUGUUAAAUUAUCUAACCAUGUGAAAAUGUAAGACAUUACUGAGUCUGUUUGAUUAUUUUUUACUUUUAGACGAGAAUAUUUAUGUAGAUGUAAAAACAUAGUCUGGUGUAUAAUGAGAAGAUAACAGAAUAAAAAAAGAGACCUAUUACUUAAAAUAGUUUGAUAGUUUGAACAGAUUUAUUGGAUAAUAUUUGCAUUGUAUAGUAUUGUAUUAUAUGCUUGUUUCAUAAAUUUGAUUUAUUGUACAAAUAUUGUUUGUUAUUAUGAUAUUAUAUUGUGUAAUUUGUGUAAGCUCAAUGUGUGUGUAUAUAAUUUACUGUUGUAAUACAGACAGUACAACAUUUAUGUUUGAUUAUGAUACAUUCUGAAAACCUGCCAAUAAACUUUCAGUUUAUACAACAAUAAUGUUCUUCUUGAAAUCAACAACACGAGCAGUUUCAAUGUGCAGUAUUUAUUAAAAGUGGCGAGAUAACAAUGAUACUUGUUAUUCUGAAUCGUACAGAUGAUAUUUCAUUGAUAUGGAAAUAUAUGGAAAAUAGGGAGCUGUGCUGAUGUUUUAAUAUCAGUAACCUUAUAAAUCCUUGGAGAAAAAGGACUUCAUACAUUUCCAGACUAAUUUACUAGAUUACAAUAUUUUUAUGGGUUUUUGUGUUUUGUACCAAAAGGUUAUUGAUUCAGCUUUAGCUAGUUUUAAGAUACAAAACACAUAUAAUGUUUGUAACAGUCUCGUACAUAUUCAAUAAAAUGUCUGGGUCUAAGUUUGUUUAUUAUGUAACAUUGUCAUACUAACAGAUAUUUUUUUGCCAUUAAAAGUGCCAUACCGUCCCAGUAUUUACCAAAAAAAACACGGCAAUAUUGAUUUUACUAAUGCUUUUUCUUUCUAAAACUGGUACUACAUCUCCAAUUCUUCAAAAUUAACAACAUUUUAAACAUUAUCUUCACUUUGCUUAAUUGAAAUUACUUGUUUCAUUUUUUUUUCAUCUGUAACUGACAAGGAAAAUGUUAUUUGAAUCAGAUAAGAUUUGUUUGACAUUGAAGUCUGUCUGGCUGUUUCAGAUAGCAGUGAUUUAAUUUCUUCACUUGUAACACAUCUGUGAAUUCCAGAAUAAUUUAUUCAUUACAUGGGAUUUAAAAGUAAAUAUUUUAUAUGACAUCCGCAUUUUUCGAGAGAAGAGGUACUCUUUGUAAUUUAUUUCUGAUAGAGAUGGGAUUAUCUGAUUAUUUUGUCAUACCAUGAUUACUUGCCAGUAUCCUCGAUCACUUGAAACAUUGGGAAUCCAAGUUUUGUUUUAGAAUCAGCAGUAUUUGGAUUUUAUUCUAUUAUUAGAUUUGAUUUAAAUAAUAUAACAGCUAAUUUUUAUGUGCAGAAAAUGAUGUCAGUUGAGGCUGUUAAGGUGCUCUUGUUUGGGGAUUGGUGGGGGUAUUUUAAAAUUUUGAUAAAACUAAUAUUUUGAAUACAUGUAUAGAAAGGUGAUCAAACCUUUACAGUGAAUAGUGGUGUAUCAGUCAACAAAUAACAAGACAGACCUGGUUUAUUUAAGAUAUUAUUGUACAUAUUUUGAAAUCUAUGUAAACUUUGGUACUAAUAUACAUGUACAUUUUAUCGUAUGUUUUUGGAAUGGAAACUUUAUGUUUAUGAAUAGUUUGUACAUGUACCUUGUGUAAAUAGUGUUGUUUAUAUAAGUUGUAUAUAAAGAAGUUUAGUCUGUGAUAAAAGGAUCUCAGUGUUCACUCAAUCUGUCUCAUUUAUUUGUUCCUUACAAACUUAUUUAUACCCUGUAUAUAUAUAGAUGCUAUUAUGAUAUGCUUUCCUAUAUAAUGUGCUCACCUUUAUAGUAUACAGUCUGCAUAUAAAGUUUAAUGAUAAUUAUAGUUUAUUCUUUUUAAUGAUAUUUAAUUUUUUUACUGUAUAUUCUCUAAUAAACGCUACUACCUUUAUAACAAAUUAAAACACAACUGGUGCUGCUAGUUUAUAUAAUCAAGCAGAAAACAACACAAAUAUGGUAAACAUUCUUUUUAUUUGAAGAUAUUUAACUUUUUGCAAUAUAAUAAAUGCCACCCUUUUGGAAAUGUAACAUCCAUGGAAUAUUUAAUUAGUCCCCUACCUGUUUACCUGAGGGGACUUUAGGUUUACCCUCCGUCCCUCUACAAAACUGGAUCCGUAACAUCCAUGGGAUGUUUAAUUAGUCCCCUACCGGUUACUGGAGAGUACUUUAGGUUCACUGUCUGUCAGUCCCUCCGUCCACAAAACUGGAUCCCGCGAUAACGCAAAAAGUACUGAAAAUAUUUUUAUGAAACUUGAUAUAUGGAUAAUGGCAGUAUGGAGAUUAUGCACGUCUUUUUCUUUUCUUCCUAUGUUGAAAAUUUUGGUUGCUAUGGCAACAAAUAGACUGAAAAUUUUACACAUUAACUGGAUCCAGUAAUAAGGCAAAAAGUACUGGAAAUAUUUUUAUGAAACUUGAAAUAUGGGUAGAUGGCAGUCUGGAAAUUAUGCACAUCUUUUUCUUUUCACCUUUUUUGAAAAAAAAUUGGUUGCCAUGGCAAAAAAUAGGCUUAAAACAUGGCAAAUAUAACAAUAUUUGUGAUAAGUCAAAAAAAGCUGAAAAGUUUUAUAUGAAACUUAUGGAUAGAUGGUAGUAUGGAAAUUAUACACAUCAUUUUAAUCUUGACUAUAGGGAGUAUAUUGAGAGCUGUCAUACUUAACAAACGUCGGCAACCUCGUCAAGAUUUCUGAUUCUAGUUUUUAGGCUUUUUCACUAUAAGUUCUUUAUUUCUUAAGGUAUUUAUUUCAAACUUCAAACAUAAGUUUCUGGUCAUCAACCACAUCAUAUGUGACAAGGUUUUAACUCUAGCACAAAAAUUAUCAGAAUUGCCUCCCUUGAACUUACAUGAAAAAAAAAUGUUUUUUUUUUAAUAACUUCUUUAUUUCUUAAUGUAUCUUCUUCAAACUUCAUAUAUAUGUUUCUUAUUAUCACUCAAAUCAUUUGUGAGAAGGUUCAAUACUCUAGCAAGACUAUUUCCAGAAUUAUGUCCCCCUUGAACUUAGAUUUUUUUUCGAGAAAUUGGUAUAUUUUACUCCAACUUCUUCAUUACUUAUAGGAUUUACUUCAAACUCCCACAUCAUAAUAAUAUGACAAGGUUUAUAAAUCUAGCAUCCUUAUUUCCAGAAUUAUCUCCUUCUUAAACUUUGAAUUUUUCUUAUUCAUUCUUUUAACUUUCUUUUACUUCAAAUUCAAAAUAAACAUUCGUUAUGAACAGCUUCAUCCUAAACAUUCGUUAUGAACAGCUUCAUCCUAAACUAUAUGUUUCUUUGUUACACUCACAUCAUGUAUGACAUCUUGGAUCUUUAUUUCAAGAGUUAUCUCCUUUAAGAAUUUGCUUUUAAUAAUAUUAUAUUUUGGUAACAGGGAUAUUUAAAAAAUUAACUUUAGAGUGUCCUUCAGUCUGUCUGUUCAUAUAAACUGUUUCCUGAGAUCACUAUUAAAGAACUUUUCCAACAAAUUUACUUAAGAUAGAGAAAAAUUGUAACAUUAGUGAAUGGCCAAUGGCCCUUCAGAAUGUUGCUGGGGUUCUAACUGGUAGGGGACUUAUGGAUUGCUUGCAAUACUAUGAUAAUUGCUUGUUAUUGGAGGAUAUUAGGUAUAGUAUAAAAGAUGGAUCCUGAUUUACACAGAUAUGCAAUAUGUAAUGUAUGUUAUUAAUUACAUUAACCAAAAAAAGUAAACAAAGUUUUUGCUCUAACCUUAAACCUAAGAUGAAAAAAAUACCAUAAAAAUCAAUGUUUUGUAUUUUUGAAAAUUACAAUACCUGUUAGUGGGCAGCGGUACCUGUCUUGUAGGCAGCAAAAGUGUUAAUAGAUCUGAAUUAAUAUCCCCCACCCUCUUUUUCCCCCAGACGGUGCAUACCUUACUGUUACCUGACCCUCAUCUCCCAAAAUAUGCAGAUCCAAAAAAUGGAAGCUGGACAUAUAAAAUCAUAAAGUAAUAUGUAAGUUAUUGUAUUUAAAGAUACCAACAAAACUAAAAAUCGCCAUCAAUACUAUAGUCAGGUGGUCAUUUUCACGAAUGAUCUUGAAAAAUAAACAUUUUCAUGAAAAUAUUUUUGAUGAGUUUUAAAGUUUAAUGUCUCAGCAACCAUAUGCUCUAAUUUGUUUCUUCCAAUUUGGUGUACAAUAAAAAAUACUUGUCCAUUUACAUAUUAUGGUGCUCGUUGCACAAUUCUGCAUUACUUUUGCACAAUUCUUGCGUUAUUUGCACAAUCCUGCAUUACUGGAUAUACACGGUGAUUUAGUUUAAUUUUGAAGCAGGACCAGUAUGCAUAUUUUGCAAGGUCAAGGUUAAUGCAUAAUGAUACGGAAAAUGUACUUCAUUUUUUGUGGAUGUAUAGUCAGUAUAAAUUUAUAAACAUAAUUAACCUCGAACUAUUUCUCAUUUUUGAAAUUGUUUAUUUUUUAAUACCCCAGUAUGAAUUCAACAUUUUUUGUGCAAGCACAUGUAUAUCACUUACAUCAUGUUCUUUUUUGACUGCAAAAGUUUAUGUUUCAUAUGUUUCAUGACUUUGAAUGUAAACAGAUUUGACUGACGUCUUUAAGAAAUGCUGAGUAAACAAAAUUUUACUGAGAAAAUGGGUUUAAAUUUGUGUGUAACAAUGAAUAUUUGCUUGUAUUUUAUUGUAGAUUAGCAUAUGUUUGACAUUUAUUAGUUACAUUUCUCUUCUAUAUGACAAAGCAAGAAACUUUAUUUCCAUUUAUUGACAUUUUCAUCAAGCUACAGUGAACAUUAUAUAUAAACAUAUUCUAUUUGUAGAACAUCAAAACAUAUUUCCUCAAAGUAUAUCAAAAUAUUUUUGUUUAAGUGACAUAUCUCGCAUAUUUCUUUACCCUAUCUAGCUCAUGUCAUAACAUUUGUUAUGUAACAUAAUUUAAAAUUUUCAUACAAGAAAUGUAAAUAAAAAUGGAGAGUUUGAACAA